AUGUCACAACACUCUCGCCGUCCUUCGUUGCAAUCGCAACGCUCACAUAACACUACCACAGCGUCGGUGCGACCCAUCCCGACAGGCUUGGAAUACAGUGUCAAUGUGGCAACUUGGGGAGAAGCUUUUGAUAUUACUGAUCCAGAACAGGUUCUCUACCCACCUACAAUCAAUGGAUACAUUACGAUGUGUCUAGAAAGCUACAGACAUACCUAUGCCGGAAAACAAGGUGAAUCCCUCCUAGAAGCCUUCCUAGAAGACUUCAGUGGAUGGACAAUGGAAAUCUGGAAACAUGCUCAUCGAUCUGCUUGUCGCCAGCUCCGAGAGCACCUUGUACUGAAUGGAGUAUGGUGUAAGCCAGCCAAGGGUUACUCCUGGGCAUCAAUCUUCCACGCUUUAGUCCAAGAGGACACCCUCGUGCCAUGGACCUCAGCGCACGAGGCAGCUAGGCAGGUGAUCAUCAAGGAACAGGAAAUCAAGGAGGCGAAGAGAAUUGCACACGAGCAAAAGGGUAAAGGAGCUGCUCAUACACUUGCGCCUACAACUACACUUCCAGUUGCACCAAUUGUAAUUGCGCAAGCACCAGCUACGCCUACAUUGCACACACAAACAAUGGACCCCCUCCCACCAACCACAGGCGCCAACAACACACCAUUGGGCGGACCUUCCUAUUCGAGCAACCCUACAAAUGAGCCCAAACCGGAAUCCACCCAGCGCUCUGCCCAACCCCAGACUCAUGCUCAGCAGAACGCCCAGCAUGUACCUUUGGUACCGCACUUGCUGCCAAUGAUGGUGCCAACCUUGCGCACCAGUGUGGAUACCGAGUACCGAGUCACCCUUCCCCCUGAUACCAAUGUUCCCCCUUAUGUGAGACUGCCAAAGCCACCACAUUCAGGAACUGGGGAUUACGUCAGACAGAUCGGUGACCUUUCCAAAGUAUACCUGGACAAUGAGAAGAAGUACGGUGGCGCCGAAUACGAAGUUUUCAGCGACAAGCUGAAGAUUUUCUAUGAGAACUGCACACGCCUUGGCAUACCCCAGGGCGAUGAGACGGGCUACGCAGUAGCUUUCUCUUUGAUGCUCAAGGACGAGGCACACCAGUACUAUAUGACUGAUAUCUACGGUAAAGAUAUGGAGUUUUGGAUGAUGACUGCAUUCAUGAAGUCCAAGUUUGAGGUCCCGGAGUCUGCCCAGAAGUACCUAUCGGAAUGGAGAUCACUCACACUUCAAUCAGUGAUGAGUCGUAAGGAGAAUGCCGACAAAGAUAAGUUGGAGUGCCUUACGCUAAUGGUCAAGAAACUCUCCCUCAUUCAACGCAACCUGACCCCCGAAUAUCACUCCGACAAGGCUCUGAGAGACGUGAUUUUGAGCGCGGUGCAAGGCGUUCCCGAAUGCGCGUUUGCUCAAUACAACCCUGCGCCUACUACUACCGCUCUCGUCUCUCAACUACGAUCAUCGAUUGCUACCACUACUACGACUAGACCUUCCACCGCCUACCUUAUCGAUGCUACCGAGUCGGGAGACCAAUACGAGGACGAGGUCUACUACGUGGACCGCCAGUACAGAGGCAGCGGAGGCAACAGAGGCCGUGGCUACAACGGUAAUAGUGGAGGAGGCUCUAGAGGAUACUCGAGAGGAGGCGUUAGAGGCUGGGGUAAUAGAGGAAACUACGGAGGUAGUAACAGAGGAGGAGGCAACCGUACUGAUCGCACUGACAAACGUUGUUUUGUUUGUGGCGAGUUGGGCCACUUCUCUACGCAACACAGCGCCGAGGAGCGUAAGAAAUCUUACGAUAAUUGGAAGCGCCAAGCCCAAUACUACACGGAGGAUAUAGGACUUGAGGAGUAUACUCAAUACCUCAUGCAAGUCGAAGGAGUGCAAGCGGCCGCAACCCAAUUCUCUACCGAAUUAGGAACCAUUGACGGCCAACACCUUAUGAUAGCGUUGCUUGAGAAUGCAACCUAUCACACCUUCACCUCUAUCGACCCAUUCAAGCCACCUCCGAACAUCAUCCCUUUGGAGCACUUUUUACUUGAUAGAUAUUCAGCUUGCAAAUUCCAAGGGUUUAUUCCCGAUUCGGGAGCAGCCAACCUCUCCACAGCUGGAGAGCAACAGGUUGAGGCUCUGCGAAAACUCCUCCCUCUCCGAAUCAACCGAGAAGCAGCCGACAAGAAUACUAUCAAAUUCGGAGGUAACACGACACGGGUUACAGGCUCUGUAAUAGUCGAUACACCUAUUGGAUCGAUCGAAUUCCAUAUUGUCAGUGUGGAGACUCCUUUCCUCAUCUCACUCGAAGACAUGGACCGACUCCAAGUCUAUUACAACAAUCUUGACAAUAUGCUCGUCCAAGGCCACAAGCGUAUUCCAGUGAUCCGCAAAUGGGGCCACCCAUUCCUCAUGCUACAACCUGAAGACGCUUUUGCGGACGCGCACCUCACGGAACAAGAACUACGCCAAUUGCACCGCAGAUUCGGCCACCCGUCGGUUCCGCGCUUGCAGAAGGUUCUUGACCUUAGCGGCCACGAUGAUGUCGAUCUCGGGACGCUUCAAAAGAUCGAAAAGUUUUGUCAUCAAUGUCAGAUGCACGGCGCAGCCCCUGGUCGCUACAAGUUCUCUUUGAAAGAUGAUCUCGAGUUCAAUUACUCUAUCAUCGUAGACGUGAUGCACUUAGAUGGCAAACCAGUGCUACACGUAGUCGAUUCAGCUACUACGUUCCAGGCUGGACGCUUCCUAAGGGAUAUGUCAGCUAUUACUACGUGGAACGCACUCAAAGAGUGCUGGAUUGACAGCUACCUCGGUCCCCCUGACCUAAUUGUUCACGACCCAGGCACGAACUUCGCUGCAACUGAGUUCCGAGGUCUGGCCAAGAUGAUGUCCAUCGACAUCCAAGAGAUGCCUACGGAGGCCCACAAUAGCGUAGGAAAGGUAGAAAGAUACCACCAACCUCUCCGACGGGCUUACGAAAUCAUCUCUGAAGAGAUGCAGGACUUGGGAUUGACCAAAGAGCAGAUCUUGCAGAUGGCAAUUAAGGCCGUCAACGAUACCGCCGGACCAGCAGGCCUAGUACCUACCCUUUUGGUCUUCGGCGCUUACCCCCGCAUGACUCAUCUAGAUCCGCCAGCGCCCUCUACUACUACUAGAGCAGAAGCUAUCAAAAAGGCGAUGCUAGAAGUGAGGAGAUUGCAAGCUGUAAGGCAAGUGACAGACGCUUUGAACAUGCGCAACGGCCCUUCUACUACCGAAACACUCGCCCUCCCUUUACAAAGCCAAGUGAGGGUAUGGAGGGAGAAGAAAGGAGAACAGCGCGCACAAUGGACUGGCCCUUACACCCUUCUUGCAAUUGAGGACCACACGUGCACGGUCCAAGUCAAUAACAAGGCAGUCAAAUUUAGAGCAACGGCAGUAAAACCGUACUACCACGAGGAUGGCCUGGUACGAGCUGAGGAGGAAUCACCGGAAGAGGAAGGUACACCAGUACCAGUGGAGGAGGCGCCUCGACGAAGUGGCAGAAACAGACGACCUCCAGAUCGCUACUACACUGAAGCUGAGGAGCUAGCACAAUUUUGGACCGCCGCAGCAACUGGGAAUAUAGGCGCGUUCCUAACUCGGAAGGAACAGACCGACCGCGAGCUAGCUACGAAGCUACGGGCUGAAGGCGUAAUCACCACCCCUGGCGAGAUUUUCGAAGACUCUCAGCGCCGGGAGAUCGAAGGCUUGAUUGCACAAGGCGUAUUUGAAUUCAUCCCUUACGACCCCGUAGAGCACGCAGGUCAGCGUAUUUUCGGUUCUCGACUUGUCAACGAGCUGAAAGGCAAGGAAACAGCCACCCCAUUCGAGAAAUCAAGACUCGUUAUCCAAGCUUUCGCGGACCAAGGAAAAGGAGUAAUUUUGACCCAAUCACCAGCUAUUCAGCGCUCAAGUCAACGAUUGAUCACUGCACUAGCACCAGCACUCCUUAAGCUAGGGAUUUGCCUCUACCUUCGGGACAUCACACAAGCGUAUACCCAAAGUGAGCACUUGCUGAACAGACUUAUCUUAGCACGACUGCCAAAGGAGAUGGUCAAGUACUACCCCGAAGGUACGAUCAUGAGAGUCUUAAGAGCUCUAUAUGGAAUCCCCGAAGCAGGGACCUUUUGGUGGUCAACGUACUACACCCACCACAAGGAAAAGCUGUCUACAGUCACCUCGACUUACGAUCCUUGCCUCUUGAUUUGCACCGAAAAGGACAUGUUCGGACUCGUAGGAAUGCAAAUAGACGACACUUAUUACCUCGCCGACGAUCGAUUUGCAGCCAAGGAGAGAUCAGAGCUCAAGAAGGCUGGACUGAAAGCUAAGGACGAGACCAAGCUCAGCUACACAACCGACAUCGGCUUCAAUGGCUGUAUUUUGAAGCUACAAGAAGACGAUACCAUGCUCCUCACGCAAAAGCAACAAGGCCAAAAGCUCGCCCUUGUGUCAGACGGUCCGAACUUCAAGCAAGAGUACCUCGAGCAGCGCGCACGCGGAGCAUAUAUUGCUUCCACUUGUCAGCCAGAAGCUCUAUUUGCCCUCUCAGUAGCUGCUCAACACAAAGACCCUGAUAAAGCUGACGUCACCGCACUGAAUAAGUGCCUUCAAUGGAUGAUCGACAACCAAGGUAGAGGCCUCAAAUACGUCCCAAUCGACCUGAAGUCAGCCAAACUUUUUGUAUUCGUCGAUGGCUCAUUCGCGAAUAACAAAGACUUGAGUAGCCAGAUUGGAUACAUCAUCAUACUAGCGAAUGAGACGAAUACCGGACCUGAUACCUUCCAAAUUCACGGCAACGUAAUACACUACAGCUCUACAAAGAGCAGGAGAGUAACAAGGAGCGUGCUAGCCUCCGAGAUCCUUGGAAUGGUGGCUGGCGUGGACAUAGCAAUCGCCCUUAAUACGACCCUAGAUCAGAUCACGGCACAACUCUCUCUACAGAAGAUUCCAAUGGUAGUAUGUACCGACUCCUAUUCACUCUACGAGUGCUUAGUGAAACUUGGUACUACUAAAGAGAAGAGGUUGAUGAUCGAUGUAAUGGCAUUGCGUCAAUCUUACGAAAGAAGAGAGAUCGCCGAAAUACGCUGGAUUGACGGGAAAUCUAACCCAGCAGAUCACAUGACAAAAGCUACCCCAAAUAAAGCUUUCGAAAGCUUUAUCGACUACAAUACGCUAGAGGUCAAGGUUGAGGGAUGGGUAGAACGUGAGAAGUGA